CACCACCACCACCACCACCACCACCACCACCUCCUCCUCCUCCUCCUCCUUCAACACUACCAGCUACAACACAGCCAACUACUUAUCAUCAAAGUGAACCAACUAUUUAUCAUCAAAAUGAGCCAACUCAUUAUACAAAUCAGAUACAAGAAGACGUUAAUAGUAUAAUAGAUGAUGAUGAGUUUUAUGAUGCUCCAGAAGCACCCCCACCACCCCCAUUACCAUCCACUCGUGCAGCUGCACCACCUUUACCACCUUUACCACCUUUACCCACAAGUCAUCCUCCAGCACCUCCACUCCCUCCACUUCCUGGUAGAAAAGGAGGUCCUCCUCCACCUCCACCUCCAACCCAAAGACCUAAUCAUUCAUUACCACCAAUGACAAGUGCACCGCCACCACCACCUCCACCACCGCCACCUCCAAUGUCUGGAGCGCCCCCACCUCCACCUCCACCUCCACCUCCUCCAAUGUCUUCAUCUGCACCUCCUGCACCUCCUGCACCUCCUGCUAUAAACAGUACAUCAUUGCCUGCAGUAGUCAAUAAUGAUUCACGUAGUGCAUUAAUGGAUGCCAUUCGAGGAGCUGGUGGUAUCUCGUCUUUACGAUCAACACCAUCCAAUGUACGACGAGAUCGUAGUAGUCCUCUAACGGCAUCAAAUACGGGUGCAACUACAGCUACAGCUAGUGCGGGUGGAGAUUUGACAAUGAGUUUAUUAGCUGCACUUAAUGAUCGUAAGAAAGCUAUUCAAUCAGAUGAAGAUUCGGAUAGUGAUGAUGGAAGUGAAUGGGAUGAUUAAGAAAGGAGGGAUUUUAUUUUAUUGGAAUUAACCUUUUUUUUUUUUUUUGUUUUAUUAAUUUAUUU